AGCCUGUGUUGCAGGUACAAAGGACAAGAACCAGACCCCUAUGCAUGACAUCCCUCACAAAAACAUGUGGAGCCAGAGACACAGCAGAAUGCUGAGACUGGGCAUACAGCAUGGCUACACCAGCUUCCCUGGGCAGCGAUGCAGGGACACGGCACUGGACAGAGCACCAUCAUUUAAUGCAACCUCAGCAGCAGGUCUCUGCUGGUGCACCACAAGACUGCAAAGGAUCUGAGCACUGUGUCCAAGACAGAGCCUUCACAGGAAGUGAAGAUGAGAAGCCCAGCCUGUGCAAAGCAUAGACUGCCCCCGCUCAAGAAAGCCAGACAAGUUUUCCAGGAUUUUGAAAAAAUCAUGAGUCAUCAGAGGGUGCUAGAGCUUCUGGAACCAAAUUUUCCAAUCAUGCCACCUUAUCUGAAGAAGAGAAAGAAUGGGAAGAUGAUGGAUAGCAAAAGCUCUGCCAAGGGAAGACAUUAAGGACAAAGAGCUGUCCCAAAAUGAAGACAAGAGACCAAGAACUGGCUGAAAGGCAAGACAACAAUGAGAAAGAUCUGUCUCAAGGUGAACGCAGGAGAUGAAGAGUUGGCACAGUGAGAAAAAUACAGUGAUAAAGAGCUGUCAUAAUUAGAAUACAACAAUGACAAAGACAUGUCCCAAGAGGAAGAUGGGAAUGACAGAGAUGUCCCAAGGCAAAUACAGGAGAGACAACUCUCCAAAAGGGAAGAGGACAAUGACAAAAAAUUUACCCACCAGGAAGACAACAAAGACAUGUCCCAAGAUGAAGAUCAUUUUGACAAAGGCAUGUCCUAGUAGGAAAAUGACAAUGACAAAGAGGUCUCCCAUGGGAAAGACAAUGUCCCAACCGGAACAGGAGAAAGACCAAGACCUGUCCCAAGGGGAAGGCAGCAACAACCAAGAGCUCUCUCAAAGGGGAGAUGACAAUGAAAAAAAAACCUGUCUCAUUGGCAAGACAAAAAAGACCAAGGUCUGUCUAAACCAGAAGAUGAUGUCAGCUACAGCACCUGGGACAACUCUUUGGGCCCAGUGAACAAUGAGGACCCUCACACUGCUACCCAGAGGAGGCCUAGCUGUCUCAGCAGCAUGGUCACAGAGGUAGCAGGAGAGGCAGCUGGUGACUUGAGCACUUCUUGCCCCAGUGGGUGCCACAGCCUCUGAGCCAGCUUUGGCUGGAGCUCCUGAGGAAGGGGAGCACCAGGCAUCUCCUGCUUCUGAGGAAGAAGAGGCAGCAAAAACCAGCUUCUUUGGCCUUCAGUGGGCAGGUGACAGGUGCAGGGGCAGAAAGCCAGGCAGCUGCACUACACAGCCCCUGCUGCUCACCCAGUCCUUCACCUCGCUUGUUAAAAGCCCAUGCCCACAGCACGCAGUGGGCAGGGACAGGUGGGGGUUUCAGUCCUGUUAGUGCCAAAGUCCAAGGAUAGAGCCUUUGCCAAGGAGGAGGAAGAGUGGAAAGACUACAUCAACUAAGAUCUGUCCCUAGAGGAAAUCUGCAGUGUCUAGGGCCUGUCCCAAGUGACAAAAAGCUAUCCCAAGAGUACAAGAUCAUGUACUUCUACAGAAAAGGGACUCUCUAAUCCUGCCCCCUGAGAGACACAGGCAUUUUCCCUGCACAGCCAAACAUCCCAGUCCAAGCCUUGCCUUGGCAGAUGGAAGCCUAUGCCCUCAGCAAGCAGUGGGCUCUUUGCUGGCAACAGCCAUCCCGCUUCAAAAGAGCAUUCCAGGCUCUGCACAGACUGUUCGGUAGCUCUGCAUGGCAGCACAAGGAUGGGACAGAGGACUAGCACCUAGCUCCCAAGGCCACGCUAAUCUCUGGAGGUAUGGCUGGCCCUGAGCCUGUGCAGCAUCCUGAGGGAGCCACACAGUCCAGUUUUGCUGUGGACAUUUUGUCAUCUAAACAUAUACCUCACAACGGAGACUCCCACCUGCCCCGCGCUGCUCCGGCCCGGAGAGACACCGUGCCUCGGAUAGGCCAGCCCCAAGAUACCCAGGAGCGGUGCUGGGAACGGCAGCCACGGCCGGCCGGGGCUUUGAUGGAAAAGUCCGAGGGGAGCGGCGGGAGAUACCCCCUCCUCGGAGCAACGGCCUCGGCCGCCAUCUUGUGCCUGGCGCCAGCCCCUGCCGCGCGGACCCCGCUCCAGGCCCGACCGCUGCUCCUGGGUGCUGAGGAGAGCUGCCCGCGUCCUGCGGGUCACAGAAUGGCCGGAGAUGACUAUGAGGAAAUUCUCAAGUACUAUGAAUUACACGGAACAGUCGGCACAGGUGGGUUUGCCAAAGUAAAACUUGCGCGACAUCGUCUCACUGGUGAAAAAGUUGCAAUAAAAAUCAUGGACAAGCUUGCUUUACAGGAUGACUUGCCUCGUGUUAAAUUAGAAAUCGAUGCCAUGAAGGACUUGAGCCACCAGCACAUUUGCCGGUUGUAUCAUGUGAUUGAGACACCCAAGAAAAUAUUCAUGGUUUUAGAGUACUGUCCUGGAGGAGAGCUGUUUGAUUACAUAAUUUCUAAGGACCACCUUUCUGAGGAGGAAGCUCGCAUAUUUUUUCGUCAGAUUGUUUCAGCAAUUGCUUAUGUGCAUAGUCAGGGAUAUGCCCACAGAGAUCUCAAACCAGAAAAUUUGCUGAUUGACGAGGAACAUAACCUGAAGCUGAUAGACUUUGGACUUUGUGCAAAACCAAAGGGCGGCCUUGAUUACCAUCUGAACACCUGCUGUGGAAGCCCAGCCUAUGCGGCACCAGAGCUGAUUCAGGGCAAAGCAUACAUUGGCUCAGAGGCAGAUAUUUGGAGUAUGGGAGUACUGCUGUAUGCUCUGCUGUGUGGCUUUCUCCCCUUUGAUGAUGAUAAUGUCAUGGCUGUCUACAGGAAGAUCAUGAGAGGAAAAUACAGUACUCCAAAGUGGCUCUCUCCUAGCAGUACACUCCUCCUUGACCAAAUGCUGCAGGUCGACCCAAAGAAGCGAAUUACAGUCCAACACUUGUUAAGUCAUCCUUGGCUCAUGCAAGGUUUUUCUGAUGCUGUUCAGUGGCAAAGUAAAUACCCACUGGGACAUCUUGAUGAGGACUGUGUAAGAGAGCUUUCUGUGUUUCAUCAGCAGAGCAGGGAGUCUAUAUUGCAAUUAAUAAAUGAGUGGAAAUAUGACCACAUGUCAGCAACAUACCUGUUGCUUCUAUCCAAGAAGACUCGUGGCAAGCGUGUUCGUUUAAGGUUUCCAUGCCUACCAGAGCAUGCCAGCACCAUGAUGUCGACAGUCCUUGAGCAUUCGAGGCCUGAUGCCCAACUGGAGGAUACGGAAUUCACACUGUCAACUCCAGUGACAAGAAAAGUGGCAUCAAAGAAGCAUGAAAACAAAGAGAAUGUUGAGAGAGUGUCAGCUUUAAGAAAUGAAAUGCCCUUUGUGCUUCCUACUCCUAAGACUCCUCUUGCAAAGAGUCAGAUUGAGACACAGGUACAAGCUGUUCCCCUUAAGGCAGCUGCUUUCAAAGAGAGUCAGUUCACUGCAGUCACCCCAAUUAAGAAACCUGCUACCCCAACAAAUGCAGAUGAAUUGGCAGCAGAUGAGAUUCUUCCUGAAAGAAGGUGUCAGUCAGUGGAAUUAGAUCUCAACCUUGCACAUGUGGAUAGCAGCCAAAAGAAGAGAAAAGCUAAAAUAUUUGGAAGCCUUGAAAGAGGCCUAGAUAAAGUGAUCACGAUGCUUACACCAAGCAAGAAGAAACGAUGCACUAGAGAUUGUCCAAGGAAACUUAAGGCACACUGUAACAUUACCACCACUCAUCUGCUGAAUCCAGACGAACUGUUGAAUGAAAUAAUCAUUGUUCUUUCAAAGAAGCAUGUGGAAUAUGUUCAGAAGGGUUAUACCCUGAAAUGUCAAACACGGUCAGAUUUUGGUAAAGUAACUAUGGAGUUUGAGUUAGAAGUAUGUCAGCUUACUAAGCCUGAAGCAGUAGGUAUCCGGCGACAACGGCUUAAAGGUGAUGCCUGGGUCUACAAGAGGCUGAUAGAAGACAUCUUAUCUAGCUGCCAAGUGUGAGUGGCAGAGUCUUUUAUCACGAUGUUUUAGAAAGGUCUUUUCAGACAAGUAAUUCUUUCUUACAGUCACAGCUGUAUGUGAAAAAUCUGUCGUCUUGGGUUUUUAACCAUCCCUCCUUGUACAUAUUCCUUCUGUAUGCUUCCUUUACU